UCUACUUCUCUAAAAGAGAUGUUCAGAGUGCUUUUUCACAUACAUCAGGAGAGUGUGUUGUGAAUUUUGCAGGUUGGUUUCAGCAUGGGAUGCUUGUGGCAUUAGGAUGCAUUCAGCUGCAAAUAACAGAAUCCAGUCUCCCAGGGCCUGCCUUAAACAAUAAUGAUGUUUCAUUUUCUCACCUAAUAAGAAGUCUGGAGAAGGCAGUCUCAGCAGUGCAAUGACGUCAUCAAGGACCCAGACUGUCUGUCCUCUUCUGCCAUCUUUUGCCACUUCACGGCUAUUGCAGCUUCAAAUAUCAAGUCCUCACAGGGCUGCAUUCAAAACAAGGAUGAAAGGGCUGAGACUGCAAGUAGCCCGAGCCACGGGCCCACUCAACUGCAAGAGAGCCAAAAAGUGCAGAGAGGUCUUCCAUAUAUAUAAAGGCGAAGAGAACAGAUUUUGGUGAACGCUAAUAAUAUCUACUUUACAGCAAAGUCCCUUGGGACAAUGGAACAUGCAUGUGAGAGGAGGAAUACACAAUACGUGUCUGUCAUUCCUGCACUCUAUUUGCAUAUCAUGUUGGGAAUGCUCCAUGAGUGAAGCAUUCCAGUGGACCCACAAUGCAUGGAAGUUCAGAGAAACUCAAAAUUAAAUUUUGUUUCCAACGGAAGACAAUCAACUGAAAAACAGUUAGAACUAGUUAUGGAUGUCAAAAAGGAGAGAGACUACAUUCGUUUGAACUCGCUGGAAAGACGCUUGCCGCUCUCGUGGCCCGCGCUACACAACCUUGGAGUAUCCUGAAAUGAGAAACCAAAAUUGUGACGUAACAUCAAAAGCGCCUUUUAAGGAAGGGGGAACACGGUAGGGGAAGUCUCGGGGUUUCGGAGCGUGCGUCACCAGCAGAGGAGAAGGCCCUGUCGAUAGCCGGGCAAGUGGAUUUGUUUGGAGAUACGAAGGAGUCGAGGGAAGCCAGGGCACCUGCUGUCUGGUCACGACCAUUCGGCAUGCAGCCUCCUCUGCUGGGGUGCCAGUGAUUGGAUGAGGACCUCUCUAGGCUCUCCGCCACAGAGAUAAUUUGUUCCAGCCUAUCAUUUACACCUCCAUCUGGCAGCCCAGCAGGACCUAGCAUGCCUAGGAGUCAGCUGUGCCACAGAGGACAGGCAUUCAGUGGCCGUGGGACAGGCCAGUCAUGCAUCGUGAAUGGUAUGGCACGGGGGUGCUAAUGACGUCAGCUUGUCUGCCUGCCUGGCAAGGGGACCCUUCCUGCCACUCAAUCUGCUUCUAACUCCGGAAGCCUGGAUGCAUGGCCUUCUCUCUUUAUUCAUCUCGUCUCCUUCAUUCCCCUUUAUGCUUUCCACAAAUAAUGUUGCCAUUUUCUUCAGUGUCCUCAAACCUGUUUCAACCUCUCUUCAUCUCUUUCGGUGGCCAGAGAUAGGAUCAACUCCCUCCUCUCCAAAACGGUACCUACCCUGGUGAUGGAUGUAGUGGGGAUUAAAUGAAGUUUUCUUCCUGAAGUGCCUAGAAAAGGCCCUGUAAGAAGGAAGUGCUCAACAAACGGCAGUGCCCUUCCUUGGGCCAUGUCACCCAGCUAUUCAGGGUAGAGACCUGUCACCAUGGCCUGCCAGUUUCCAGCCCUCACUUCAGAACAGAAGAAGGAGCUCUCAGAAAUUGCCCAGUGCAUUGUUGCCAGUGGGAAGGGGAUCCUAGCUGCAGAUGAGUCUGUAGGCACCAUGGGGAGCCGCCUGCAGAGGAUCAAGGUGGAGAACACUGAAGAGAACCGCCGGCAGUUCCGCGAAAUGCUCUUCACCGUGGAUGAUUCCAUCAGCCAGAGCAUCGGGGGUGUGAUCCUUUUCCAUGAGACCCUCUACCAGAAGGACAGCCAGGGAAAGCUGUUCAGAGACAUCCUCAAGGAAAAAGGGAUCGUGGUGGGAAUCAAGUUAGACCAAGGAGGUGCUCCUCUUGCAGGAACAAACAAGGAAACCACCAUUCAAGGGCUUGAUGGCCUUUCUCAACGCUGUGCUCAGUAUAAGAAAGAUGGUGCUGACUUUGGGAAGUGGCGUGCUGUGCUGAAGAUUGACAACCAGUGUCCAUCCCACCUUGCUAUCCAGGAAAAUGCCAACACCCUGGCCCGCUAUGCCAGCAUCUGUCAGCAGAAUGGGCUAGUACCCAUUGUGGAACCAGAGGUAAUUGCUGAUGGAGACCAUGACAUGGAACACUGCCAGUAUGUUACUGAGAAGGUCCUGGCUGCUGUCUACAAGGCCUUGAAUGACCAUCAUGUUUACUUGGAGGGCACCUUGUUGAAGCCCAACAUGGUGACUGCUGGACAUGCCUCCACCAAGAAGUAUACUCCAGAGCAGGUGGCAAUGGCCACUGUCACAGCUCUCUAUCGUACUGUUCCUGCAGCUGUUCCUGGCAUCUGCUUUUUGUCUGGUGGCAUGAGUGAAGAGGAUGCUACUCUCAACCUCAAUGCUAUCAACCUUUGCCCUCUACCAAAGCCCUGGAAACUAAGUUUCUCUUACGGACGGGCCCUGCAGGCCAGUGCAUUGGCUGCCUGGGGUGGCAAGGCUACAAACAAGAAGGCAACCCAGGAGGCUUUUAUGAAGCGGGCCCUGGCUAAUUGCCAGGCAGCCAAAGGACAGUAUGUUCACACGGGCUCUUCUGGUGCUGCUUCUACCCAGUCGCUCUUCACAGCCUGCUAUACCUACUAGAAUCUGAGGCCGACCAGCCAGACUCUGGCGCUUCUAGGUGUCUUGGUAGGAGGGCAGAAAGGAAACAACAACCUUUCGACUGCCCCUGGAAAUUAGACAAAAUUAGGUUGGAACUACUGGAAACACAAUGCAUGUUAAAUUCUUAGACGCAAGGAAAAAAAUCAGUUAUUGCAACCUAAGUCUGAAUAUCAAGGAUCUGAUGACGUUUCACACAGUGAUUUCCUUAUAACACUUCCAGCUCCCCAUGGCCCACAGUAUCCAUCUAAGAAAAGAAUAAACUUUAAAACAGUAUCAGCUCUCCAUCCAAAUAACCAAAUGAAACACCUCAUAAGCUGAGUGCAGAGAAUUGUGUCUUAUUAAACAGUCCUAGCAGUGGUAGGUUAUGAAGGAGACAGCUGCAACCAAAAAAGAAAUAAAAUGUUCUACAAACCUUCAGUU